GACAACUAAACGACUUGCAGGCGUCCUCAGCAUGGCAUCGUCUCCCUGCAUAGCGGCCCCUCGUCCAUCCUGACCCACGAUGAGCCCCCAGACCACGACCAGAGCCACCAGCCUCAUGUUGAGUGACCCUGUGCUCCCGCAGCUCUCAGCCAAUCACAGCUGUGUGCGUCUCAGUGAGGUAAAUUGCCGAGCUUGUGGGAAAUGCAUCAUUCAUGAUCAGCCCUUCUUGGAAAACCGGUGAUGGUGACGAGUCGUCAUGCAUAAGACCACCACAGGCCCGUCUGAAGGAUCCACAGAUUUCACAGUUUUAGACUCCAGCUCGGACCUGCAGACUCCCCGAAGAUGCCGCUGUCUCGCUCCCUGUCCAUGACGUCCCUCAGCGGGCUGCUGCCGUCCUGGGAGGAGGAUGACCUGCCUGUGGAGGAUCUGCUGCUGUUCGAGGUGUCCUGGGAGGUCACCAACAAAGUCGGAGGGAUCUACACGGUGAUCCAGACCAAAGCCAAGAUCACGGCAGAUGAAUACGGGGAGAACUACUUUAUGAUUGGGCCAUACUUCGAUCAUAACUUUAAGACUCAGGUGGAGGGCUGUGAGCCGCCCAACCCCGCCAUCAGGAAGGCCAUGGACGCUCUCAUCAACAACGGAUGCCAGGUUCAUUUUGGCCGCUGGCUGAUCGAGGGUAGCCCAUAUGUGAUCCUGUUCGAUGUCGGCUCUGCAGCCUGGAAUCUGGAUCGAUGGAAGGGUGACCUGUGGCAGACCUGCAACAUUGGCCUGCCUUUCAACGACCGUGAGGCUAACGACGCGCUCAUCCUGGGAUCCCUCAUUGCCUGGUUCUUCAAAGAGCUGACGGACGAGCUGGGAGACAAACAGAACGUCAUCGCUCAUUUCCAUGAGUGGCAGGCCGGUCCAGGCCUCAUUCUGUCUCGUUCCCGUAAAAUCCCGAUGGCUUCCAUCUUUACCACACAUGCCACUCUGCUGGGACGAUACCUGUGUGCCGGGAACGCCGACUUCUACAACAACCUGGAUAAGUUUGACAUCGAUAAAGAGGCUGGUGAGAGGCAGAUCUACCAUCGUUACUGUUUGGAGAGAGCGGCGGUUCACUGUGCUCACGUCUUCACCACCGUCUCCCAGAUCACUGCCGUGGAAGCUAAUCACAUGCUACAUAGGAAGCCUGAUGUGGUGACUCCAAACGGUCUGAAUGUAAAGAAGUUCUCAGCGAUGCACGAGUUUCAGAACCUGCACGCCACCAGCAAAGCUCGCAUCCAGGAGUUUGUCAGAGGACACUUCUACGGUCAUUUGGACUUUAACCUGGAGAGAACUCUCUUCUUUUUCAUCGCUGGGCGCUACGAGUUCUCCAACAAAGGAGCGGAUAUUUUCCUUGAAUCACUGUCCAGACUCAAUUACCUGCUACGGGUCCACAGAAACGAUAUGACAGUCGUAGUUUUCUUCAUCAUGCCGGCUAAAACAAACAACUUCAAUGUGGAGUCGCUGAAAGGACAGGCGGUACGCAAGCAGCUCUGGGACACAGCUCACAGUGUGAAGGAGAAGUUUGGUAAAAAUCUGUAUGAAGCUUUGCUAAAAGGAGAGAUCCCAGACAUGAACUCCAUCCUGGACAGAGAUGACUUCACCAUCAUGAAGAGAGCAAUCUAUGCCACGCAGAGACACACCCUUCCACCAGUGACGACUCACAACAUGCUGGAUGACUUAACAGAUCCUAUCCUGUCCAACAUCCGACGCAUCGGACUCUUCAACUCCAGGAAUGACCGUGUCAAGAUCAUCUUCCACCCUGAGUUCUUGUCCUCCACCAGUCCUCUGCUGCCAAUGGACUAUGAAGAUUUUGUUCGUGGCUGUAACCUCGGAGUAUUCCCGUCCUACUAUGAACCUUGGGGAUACACGCCAGGUGAAUGCACUGUGAUGGGAAUCCCCAGUGUGACCACCAACCUCUCUGGUUUUGGCUGCUUCAUGGAGGAACACGUCUCAGACCCCGCUGCUUAUGGUAUUUACAUCGUGGACCGGCGGUUCCGAUCAGCAGACGACUCGUGUAACCAGCUGACUCAGUUCAUGUUCAGUUUCUGUCAGCAGUCUCGCCGUCAGCGGAUCAUCCAGAGGAACCGAACUGAGAGGCUGUCUGAGCUGCUGGACUGGAGAUACCUGGGACGGUUCUACAUAAAUGCUCGGCGUCUGGCACUGAGCAGAGCGUUCCCAGACAAGUUCAAGAUGGACCCCAUGGCCCCUCUGAAGACCGAUGGUUUCCGCUACCCCCGCCCUUACUCAGUGCCCCCGUCACCCUCCGCCUCCAUCCACUCGACCCCCCACCACAGCGACGUGGAGGAUGAUGAUGACGAAGAGCCCUAUGAUGAAGACGAGGAGGCUGAGAGAGACCGUCAGAACAUCAAGUCUCCGUUUGUGCUCGGGGCCGUGCCGGAGGGCAAGAAGAAGCAACCAGGAGAGUCGGGAAAUUAAAGUGAAUGUCUGUUUACUGCGUUUAAUGCAUAAUCACAUCCUUUCUGUAAUGAAAUCACCAACCUUUACUCCUUUAACUCUCUGUAUUUCAACUUAUGUUUCAAUAAAAG